GGUUUGAAAGCUUUACCCAGAGGGCAGAAUGGCACUUUUUGUUUUCAGCCUGUGUUAAAUGACUCUUUAAGGAAUAUAAAGCAUAAGGCUAGGGCUGUAUUUCUGUCUUUGUCAACAAAUCCAGUGAAAAGAUCAAACGACUAUGUAGUAACUGAGUACACCACUACAGUUUCAGCUCUGGCUGGAGGAAAUCAAAUGAUCCUUUACGGUUUUAACCUAACACCUAUGAUGUCAUGAACAGUCCCUCCGCUCUGCUCCCGGUGUAGCGCAGAGCGCGCGAUUCUGCUCUCCCGGAGUUGGUGGUCAGUGUGCAGGAUACUUGGUGAUGGACGGUCGAUUGUGUGAUCUACCAAACAAACCCUCUUGCACUCUGAGUCAGGUGAAACACACACCUGUUCUCAAUUGAUUCAUUGAUUAAUGACUGGCAAGCUGUGAGUGAGUUAAGCGCUUCAAACCUACAGGACUCUCUUUAUCCAUCAUCUCCUCCUCCGGGAUGAAGACUCCUCUCAGCUCCUCUCAGCUCUUUGAGAGGAGACAGAUAUUUGCCUUUGGAGGGAUGUGUCAAGAGCUGAUGGAGCCUCCAACAUCUACAACCAUCGGUCUCUCCGUCCAGCAGACUUCUUCCCUAGGUCAAGGCGGGUCCUACUCGCUGUGUGAGGUGUGCAACCUGCAGCUAACAUCUGCUGCUCAGGCCCAGCUGCAUUACAAUGGCAGGUCUCACCUCCGGAGAGUGAGACAGCUCGAGGCUAGAGAGACAGGUCAACAGGCAGCAGGGUCUCUGUCUGGGUCCCUCCUCCAGUCCACAGGGCUCAGAUCCCAGCCUACAGGACUAACUCUGACUCCAAGCCUCAGUCCAGGCCUGAGCGCUGCACCCAGCACAAAUGCAGGAAGUGUGUGUGGUGCAGUGAGCGGUGCGUUGCCAGGGUUGAUAGGCGCCACUGGUUCCUCAGUGAUGAUGAAACCAUUCCUGUCAUUUCCUGUCGAGACGACGUCGCCAGUCGGACUGUUCCCAAACUUCAACACGAUGGACCCGGUUCAGAAGGCCGUCAUCAACCACACUUUUGGCGUUACGUUGGUGCCCAAGAAGAAACAGGUCAUCUCGUGCACCGUGUGCCAGCUGAGGUUCAACUCUGAUUCUCAGGCAGAAGCUCAUUACAGAGGCAGUCGUCACGCCAAGAAGGUCAAGUCUCAGGAGAACAAGACCAAGCCCAAGCUAUCAAUCACCGGAGAGACCAAUGGGAGCAGAAUGAGUCCUGUUUGCCCCGCCCCUCCUGACUCAGCUAACAGCAUCACCAAUCAACACACAGAUCUCUUAUCUGGCCUCACUGAGUCCUUUACUCUCAAACCCUUCGUCCUCCCCUCCUGCUCUCCUCCGUCCUCCACCUCCCCCUCCUCCAGCAGACCAGGCAGUGAGCCUCCUCCCUCCAGUCCUCCCACCGCUCUCCCUGCCCCGGGCCUCUUCUCCUCUUCUUCCUCCUCCUCUUUCCCUUCUUCCAAAGCCUCUCCGCCUAUCCCUCCUACUGCUCCUGUCACCUCCUCUACAUCCCCUGCUGCUCCUCCUCCUCCUUCCCAGGCCUCUUCCCAGGAUGCUCCUUCCUCAGCGGAGACGGAGGAGGAGAAGGCGAAGAAGCUGCUGUACUGCUCUCUGUGUAAAGUCGCCGUCAACUCUCUUUCUCAGCUGGAGGCUCACAAUGCAGGUUCAAAGCACAAGACGAUGAUGGAGGCUCGGAGUGGCGCUGGGCCUAUCAAGGCGUACCCUCGAGCCGGAGCCAAGCUGAAGAACGGCAGCAGCUCCGUACUGAAGGGCUCCGGCCUGCAGAACAAAACCUUCCACUGCCAGAUUUGUGACGUCCAUGUCAACUCUGAGAUCCAGCUCAAACAGCACAUCUCCAGCAGGAGGCACAAGGACAGAGUGGCUGGAAAACCCAGCAAACCCAAAUACAGCCCUUACAACAAACAGCAGCGCAGCCCACUCACCGGCGAGUUGUUGAAGCCCUCCAUCUCUCCGACCUUCCUCUCCACUCCCUUUGCUGCUCCGCCCUCUUCCCUCACCUCAACCAUCUCCCUCUCUCCCUCUUCUCUCUCCUCACCCCUCUUCACUGCCAACUCCACACCCCUCAGCCCCACCAUCUCUCUUCAUCCUCGCGCUCCAACCUCCUCGUCUAUUUUCACCACCUCCUUCCUGCGUCCAGCUCCAGGACCAAUCAGAGCGAGCCAAGGAUCGAUCCUCUUUGCACCCUACUGAGCUCAGCGUCGUGGGAGCAGGAAUAAAACCUGUGACCUUUGACGACUGACCUCCAGUUUGUUGAAGUGACCGAUAGUCCUAAAGAGACAUUAGCUCUGCCAUCAUGGCUGCAGGGAUUCAAACCUGCAACCUUCUCACCUGACUAAGGCUUCGAAAGGAGACUUUAGAGAACUGAACCUCCUCCGUCUCUUGGAUCUUCUCAGACGAAACUUCACAACUGACCCAACAAGAACUUUGGAAUGUGCCCCAUUCUCUCUCCCUGGAAAAAAGAUAAUAAGGGAGAGAGAAUGGGGCUUUCCAGAUUCAACUGAUUCAAAAUAACCCCUCAAAAAGAAAGCUCUCAACAUUUGCAUUUUAACUACAUUUUUUUCUUACUUUGACAUUUUUACCAAAAGAAGUACCUCGUCGUUCAGGACAAAUGACUUGGAAGCUACUAAAGAAUACAGAGUCUGUUGUUCCAUGUAUUUGGGAUUACUGGGGUAGCGAGAAUCAGAAUCAGGAUUUGAGAAGAACCACAAUAGACGAGCAGAAUCUAGAAACUUUAAAAUCUCUUCUUUCUCCUGCUGGAAGAGCUUACCAGCACAGACCUGAUGUCAGACGUCCUCCGUCAUGAACAAAUACUACUGCAGAUGUCUUUAUAUCACAUCAACACUGGAUUGCAAUGCCACGAUUGUUUUCCCCUCAGACGAUCCUGCACUAGGGUUUGACCUGUUCCUAACAUACAGCAUCUUGAGUAAUCAAACUGAAAGAUAAAGAUGAGGCAGGCAAUAUACUAUAUAUUUUUUGUUGUUAACAAUACAACAAAUAGAAAAAUAGCAUGCAUUUGUCUAUACAUACUUUCCCAAACCUAUUAGCUCCUGGUGAAAAAAUGCUUGGUUAUUUUCUUAAACAGCUGAAGGAAAAUACUGUACUGGUUGGGAACAUUUGUCAGUUUGACAUCCAAAUCAAUGUUGAGGUGAUAAUCUAUAUAAGAGUUUUGUGUUCACAGAUUUCAGAGUUUAAAUGUGAGUACAGUGUUAUUAAUUCUGAAAUUAUAGACUAACCUAAAAUAAUAUGUUUUGUUGCCACCGCCUGUCCUCAGGAAUGAUCCUUUAAUGGAGCAGCGAUAACAGUUUAAACUAGCUAAUCUUUCUUUUGGAUCUAAGAAGACAAGGACAUUCAGGGUAGUUUCUUUCUCGCCUCCUGCAGACUAAACAUGCUGUAUGUUUGGAACCAGUGUUUAAAGUUCAUCAAUCCUAUUGAUAUGCUAUCGUAUGUCCACACUGUCGUCUCCAAUGACAUUUUAUAACAGACUAAAUCUGCACUAUUGGCCCUGCUACUUCCUGGUUUUACAGUAGAAAUGGCCUUUGGUCCUGACUGUUGUCUGGUGGGGAGUCUCUUACAUAGUCUCUAAACAUCCUGACUGAAUCUUACCAGAAUUUUCUGUAGUUCAAGACGUCCGAACGUCAGCUUUUACUGUUUCUUUGAUCACAAAGGGUCAGAAAAUCUUUGAAAGACUUUUAACAUUUACCAAUGGAACGUUUUACAACCUGCAACAGCAAAGGGAACGUUUUCCUUUAAUAAGCUUAAUUAUUCUCCAUUAGGAAAAAAUAAAAUAUAACAAUUUCUCUGCUCAAAAACUAUAUUUUACAGUGUAUUUGUGAAUAUUUACCAAAAGCUUUUUCACGACUUUCAAACAACUGUAUGAUCUGUCCGUCCAUUUCUUCUAGAAACUGAGCCCUGAAACGUCAUUUUUUUACUCUUGUUCCCCCCUCAGGAUACACUUCACACUUUUAGCUCAGCUACUAGUUAGGCUAUAAGAACAGUUACCUUGUUAUGUAUGAUUUAAAAAAAAAACUCAAACACUAGGAGCUAUCUUUGUUAGACCCACAUGUACAACAUAAACACAGUCAGGGGGUUGUUUGGCAGUUGUGAAAGAGCUUACUAUAACUAGGAGAUACCAUAGAAAACAUGUGUCUGAACGCUCUUCUCUCAUUGGCUAUCAGUGAAAAGUAUCAGGGUAAACAAAGCAAAUACAAAGGGGUACCCAGUGAUUAAAAAGGGUGCACACAGCUGCUGUUUUACGUACGACACAUUUCAAAGACCUUUUUAAAGCUUACAUUUAGAUGUCUAAUGUAAAAAUAACCUUUACAGAUGUAUUGCAAAAGUACUAUUUCUCAAGCAAUAAUUUAAUCUACUUAAUGAACUUUGAAAAAAGUCAGAACUAACAUAACAAGCACAAUCUGUAUAUGAAAUGAAAGUGAUUACAUUGGAGGUUAUUUUCUAUCGUCUCAAAUGGUCAAUAUUUUCCUGUCCGUCUUCCUGCCUCCUCCUGAAGCACUUGAAGCAUCUCAGUCUUCCAAUAACGAACAAAAAUCUGUUUAAAGGACAGUAUGUUUGUGUGUGUUUAUCUAUGCAGUAUUUUGGUCUCAUCGUGUGGUAACUACUAUCUUUCUCAUCUCAUCAUCAUGCAAUUACAAAAAGCUGUCAACUCAAAUGUUGAUGAAGCUGGUCAACUCACUAAAACAAAAAUCUAAGCUCUUUAACUGAACUUCCUCCUUUGUCCAGUGAUGUCUUUAUGAUGCAAUAAUGUAAAGAUCCGCAGCUGCUUUUCUAUUCGCUUCCUUAUCAGCAAUACUGAGGCCUGAGAGUCUUCAUACUGGGGUCAAGUUGCACUACUGGAAUGAAACAAACCAGAAUGCACUGAUGUGUUAUUUCAGGUUGUAGAAAAUGUCUUGAAAACUGAGAUUGUGGGUGCGUGUGAAUGUGUGUAUAUUCUCUCCAUGCUUGGAAUGAAUCAUCGAAUUGGAUCAUUUUGCUUUCAAAAUAAAAGCUUGUACGAAUCCUCAGAGGACAUGCACACAUUGAGUAAAUUAAGUGUUUCUGAAGAAGGGUUGAACUGCCACACACAGGGCUCUUAUCAUUCACUCAAUAUAUUUAAGAAUGAAAUCUGUUUUUUGAAAAUCAAAGCUGUAAUUGUGGUUGCACAUAGAUUCAGUUUUCUUAGACUCACCUAUCAUCGCUCUUUCUGAGUUUAUAUUGAACUGAUGCACAAUUAAAAUCUUUCAUACAUGAUGUUGAAUGGAAACAGGGUAGCUUUAUUCCAGGUUUUUAACAAUAGAACAAGAAAUAGUUCAGAUAUUCAAAAAAGAAAAAGAGACGUUUCUUUAAGGUUAAAUUUCAGAACAGCAACUUGUAACCAUCCUCUUUCAUUUCGUUCUGUACAGUAUUUAUUCUCUGACCUUGUUUUUUAUGAUGAUUGUGAAGCAAAUAUGCAAAUGCAAACUUGUCAGGUUGAGAUUAUUGAGGUUUUUUUUUCUUCUUAUCAUUUUAUUGCUGAAACUUUGUUUUAUCUGUUUUCAUUAUAAAAUGCUGAACUUGAGAAAAAAAAACACAAAACACCUGAGUAAUUCUUCCACCACUGAUGAAACCUCAAUGACUCUCAUAGAGCCUAAAAGAUUCCCAUGUUUCUCUACCUCUCAUCUCAUGUCCACUAGAGGGCACUUAACUUACAUCAACAGGAAUGUUCACUCAUUAAUUUGCAUUAAAAGUAAAUGCUGCUCUAACACAUGGACAGUUUGGAGGGUUAAUGUGAAAAGAGCAGCAGAAAUAUACGAUUAACAUUUCCUCCUCUCCUGCAGAAAGGAUUCUACACUGAUACAGAGUACAUGCACACAGAAAGACCCUGAAAAGGUUGAUUGAAGAGAGCUUGUGUUAUUUGGUCUCUAUCUGGUUGGCCACAGCCAUAAACAGAACUGUUUCAAACUAGCUGUUUGUGAUUAAAUGUAAAAUCCCAAGAACCAGUGUUGAAAAAGUCCUAGUUUGCUGAAAUUUACACCUGACAAAGCAAACACCACUUUUAGAUUUGUGUUGAGGUCAAACAUAAUGUCAUCCAAACAAAGUGUAUACCUAAAAUGUUCUGCUACACUCCCCAAUAGAAAGAAGUUACUUGAUUACAAAACAGUAACUUUUCCACUGAACCUCAGCGACACAUUGAAAACAUGUUGCAUGCCCAGCCUUGGAUGGAUAGGACAUUAAGGCCUGACGGGAAUCUGCUCGCUCACAUCCUCCUCCCUCUUUUAGACCUGAAUAAACUGGUACUGCGGAUGUUAUCUGACAGACAAAGAGAGAUCUGGAUUGGACUGGAAUCUUUUAACUUGUUUAAUCAUUU